AUGAUAAUUUUUAAUUUAAUACCAUAUCUUGCAUAUCUAUUGCCUUUUUCAAGUAUAUUUAUUGUUAUUGCAUCUUUAACUUCACCAUGGUAUGAAUUGAAUUUAAACGGUUUUAUAAUUGAAUUAAAAGUAUUCAAUUAUUUUUUUGGUUCUCAGAAAUUAAGUUAUGAAGGGAAUUUAGAUAAUAUGUUUACAGUGAUCUCUGCAGUUUUGAUUGUCUCUAUCAUUGCCAAUGGUAUUGCAUCGAUGAUUAAGCAAACCAGGGAAAAGAUUGGAAAAUCUCUUGGAAGACUACAUACUAUUGAAAAUCCACUAAGGAGUAUUCAUCUCGGAGGAAGAGGAAAAACAUCGGUUGCAACUACCACCACUUCCAAUUUUUACUCUAAUAACAACACUGAGACCAUCUCUACAACAAACAACAUUGUUAUAUCCAACAGUAUUAGUACCUACGUUGUUCCACCAAAUCUCAGUGUCAAGAUCGACGGAUUCUACCAAUUCCAACUACAGGAAAUCCCUAUCAACAUUCAGAUUGGUUGUGCAAUUCCAACGGUUUCCUACCAUCAAUAUAUUCUAAAACCAAUCUUAAGAAAGACACUCCUAGCUAUUAGAGUUUCGGUUUUCAUUCAACUAAUUACACAGCUUACAAUGAUUGCUUUGGUUAUUUCCAGCUUCUGCUAUCCAUGGUAUUCAAUUUAUGAUAAACAAUAUACCUUUUAUAUUUUUAAAAUUUUAUCUUAUUUCACUUUUGGCAAUUUAAUAUAUAACAAUGGUGAAAAAAGUUAUAGUGGAAUGGACCUCCAAGGUACUUUUGCAACUGUAUUUUCAUUCUAUAUUAUUGGUAUGGUUUGUGCUCUAGUGGCAUCGUUCAUAUUGGUUUUCAAGCUCUUUAAGAAUUUCUUUAGAGAUCCAAUGUUGAAAGUUACCUAUAUACCUUUUGUUACUUCGGUAUUCAUGACAAUCGGAUUCUUUUCAUUCUUUUCCAUUUUCGAAAAUCUGGACGAUGACGAUCUCACUCCAAUCAGUAAAUCCUAUUUAAAGGGUUUCUGGCUUGCGAUGUCUGCCUUGAUAGUAUGUUACACAAGUUCACUUUUUUGCAUACUGCAAAUAAUCUGUUAUAGAAGACAGCUAUCGAUUAGAAGCUAUAGAUCAGAGCAAAUCGGUAAGAAGCAGGUCAACCAGAGUAAUUUCAGCAUGGAUGUAUCACAACACCGAAUAGUAAAUACACAUCCAAUGAUUAACAUUCAACCAUCAACAAUCGACCCAGGACUGGUAUAUAGUAUACAAUAUGAACUGACCUCUGCAAACAACGAAGAUAGCUAUUUCGAAUUUAAAUAUCUUUUACAACCAGCACAUCAAUGCAUUCCAAUCGUUAAAUUCAGUGAUAGAUUGGAGGAAAUCAACGAUAAUCUCUCUGAAGAAAUACAACCUUUAUUAGUCAAUUAA